GUAAGUUUAUACCACUCAAAGUUGGAAGCCGUGGUCGAGAGAGCAGGUAGGGGAUCCCUGGCCUCUCCGGGGCCCUUCUCCAGCCCCACCACUACCAUCACCAACCUGCCAGUCACAAAACUGCCUUCCUGAGGCCUAUCAUGGAGGAAUCCCUGUCAGAUCUGGAGCCCCCACUGAGCCAGGAAACCUUCUCAGACAUAUGGAAUUUACAGUGGAACAAUAUGCCAGAUGAUUUAUCGAACAUAGAUGAUAUACAAUUUGCCUCAGCAGACGAUAUAAACUGGCUGAGAAAUGAGGAAGAAAACCCUGGGUUUCAAGUGCCUGCACCUCCAGUUAACCUGCCCACAUCGUCUACUGUUCCAUCCCGAAAGGACUAUCCUGGGGAGUAUGGCUUCAAGCUUGGUUUUCUGCACUCCGGAACAGCCAAGUCUGUCACCUGCACGUACUCUCCUGAGCUGAACAAGCUAUUUUGCCAGCUGGCCAAAACCUGCCCUGUCCAGCUCUGGGUCACUUCACCACCACCUGCUGGUUCCCGAGUUCGAGCUAUGGCUAUUUAUAAGAAGUCAGAACACAUGACUGAAGUAGUUAAACGCUGUCCCCACCAUGAACGGUGCACCGAGCACAUAGAUGCCCUGGCACCCCCACAGCACCUGAUCCGAGUGGAAGGAAACCUACGGGCUGAAUACCUCAAUGAUGCCACCACCAUGCGACAGAGUGUGUCCAUUCCUUAUGAGUCCCCAGAGGUCGGCUGUGAUUGCACUACAAUUCAUUACAAUUAUAUGUGCAACAGUUCCUGCAUGGGGGGCAUGAACCGACGCCCAAUCCUCACCAUAAUAACUCUGGAAGACUCCAGCGGUCAGCUUCUUGGACGUCGAAGCUUUGAAGUACGUGUAUGUGCCUGUCCUGGAAGAGACCGGAGGACUGAAGAGGAAAAUUUCCGCAAGAAGGGAGGUCACAACCCACAACCAUCCUCUGAGAGCAAUAAGCGGGCCUUGCCCACAACUCCUAGCACCCCCAAGGCUAAAAAGAAGUUAGUGGAUGGAGAAUAUUUCACCCUGCAGAUCCGGGGUCGCCACCGCUAUGAGCUGUUCCGGGAGUUGAAUGAAGCCUUGGAACUGAAAGAUGCUCACAGUGGGAAAGAAGCUGAGGGGAGCUGUCCCCACCGCAGCCAAUUGAAGUCCAAGAAAGGAGAUUCUACCCCUUCUCAAGGCAAAAGACUUUUGGUGAAAAGUGAAGUUCCUGACUCCGACUGAACAUAUCUACCCCCACCCCAGAAACCCUCUGUUUCUUAUUUCCCAUGUACAACCUGUCCUCUAAGAUUCCCAAUCUUUAGCCUUCCCCCUUCUUCCAGCUUGAAUGUGUAAGCCUCAGACAAUAUUAAGGUGUUCCUUGCUAAAACAGAUAAAUUAAGGAGGCCUUUCUCCA